AUGCUUAUUCGGAAGACAACUGGAUUAUUACAUAGUUUUACACCAUGCACGACCGCCCUCGCCCUUAUUAUUUUCGGCCUGUCAUCAUUAGGAGUAGUAUUAAGAUACCGACAGUGGACACAGAACCCACCUAACGAAAAAAAUGUGCUGAAUUCUUUAACAAUGGUUCCUGGUUAUACCAUACAACAUAUUUGGACGCUUGUCACAGCAGGGUUUUUGGAAACUAAUUUGACUACAUUGUUCGGAAGCACGAUAACAAUGCUUGCACUUGGUCCACACUUGGAACGUGCCUGGGGACCACGUGAAUUUCUAAAGUUUGUCGGAAUAGUGUCAGUUGGAAGUUACGUAAUUACAUGGCUUGCCUAUUUAAUUGAAUAUGGAUUUACGAAAAACCUUCGCUACUUAUAUGAAACUCAAGUAAAUGGUAUGGUGGGGUUGGCAAUGGGGUUCUUGGUUGCGUUGAUGCAACUUGAUCCAGAAAUGUUGAUAAAUUUUGUGAUUUUUUCUACUAGGGCAAAGCAUCUUCCGGGUGUUCUCCUUGGACUAAGCAACGUCUACUUCUUUGUAUUUGAUGCACAAUCACAACUAUUCUUGAUCCAAUUUGGCUGGAUCGUUUCGUGGACAUAUCUUCGCUUCUUUCGUGUCAAUUCUGAUGGAAGUCGCGGGGAUCAAAGUGACACUUUUGCAUUUUCGUGUUUCUUUCCCGAAUUUAUCAGCAAGGCUUCUCGAAAAAAUAAUAGCACUAAUAUUCAAGAUAAUGAAGAAACAUCAAGUAUGGAUUUAUUGCGUUCAUCUUUAAAUAUUCCAAACGGUGAUGGAAUUGAAAUUGAAAUGGAAGAAAAUCACAGUUUUCAUAACAUCAACAAUAAUAAUGUUGAUAUCGACAAUUCGCCGUCAUCAUCAUCGGUAUUUUUAUCUGUGCCGAAAUCCAACACCACAAAACCUUUCAUUAAUGUGUCACCUUCGUUAUCAUCGUCAUCUCUAUCAUCUCCGCAUCAACCAAUAGAUCCAGUUUUGGGUACUACUUUUGUAUUAAGUUCAUCUAAUAAUUCUUUUCACGGGGAUAUUGGGAAUACAUCAACUCACUCAACUCUAAUGUUUGAAGCUCCUUCUUGA